CCCACUGCCUCCAUGACUUCCCUUUGCCAACCCCAACUCCCUUGGGCAACACUGCCAAGACGACCCGUCCCAGGCUUCGGCGUCCCCACCCACAAACUCUUGUCGAGAGCCGCUCGGGUGCGUUCCAAUGCCGGCGCCCCGGGAGCCCGGGCGGCCACUUCCCCAGCCCUCAGCGCGCUCACCUGCCGGCCCGGCUCCGCGACUGCCCUGGGCCCCCGCCCCGCCGCCCCCGCGGGCUCCGGCCGGCCGGCCGGCCGUCCCGCGGUCCUUCUCCGAGCCCGCGCGUCCUGGCCGUCCCGCCCGCCGUCCGCCGCCCGCCGUCCGCCCGGCCCUCGCCCCCUCCCGAGCUGUCCAGCGCAGCCGCCCUCUACCCCGGAUCCAGAAGUCCCCUCCCCGCUGGCUCCCGGACUCCCCGCCUUAAAGGCACAAGCUCCUUUUGUCUGGGCAUCCCCCUCCCCCUCCCCAGAAGCGGGGGCCGAGUCGCCCACUCCCCUUCCUAGCAGCGGGCACGAAGCAGCUGCCCAAGUUACCUGGGAGAUGGGAAAGUCGUGUGAAAGCUGGUUAACCCUUUGAGGAUUAGAAUAAUGGUGGAAGCAGAAAGGAGAAGGGGUUUCACUCCCAGGAUGUACGUAGGACCAGCCCUCCCUGCAGUCCUGUCCUUCAAGGCUCAAGUCUUGUCCACUCCAAAUCACCACUGGGAUUCCUAAGUCCAGGACAGAGCUUCAGGCAAGGAAAAGAGAAGAGUUGGGAAAGCCAGUUUCCAACAUUUAUCAGCCACGUGUACCUGCAAACUAUAUACCUUGGGUAAAAUCAUCACUCUCUUGAAAUGGGAAUAAAACCAUCUGCCUUGU